AAUGAUAUGACAGGGUAUAUCGGAAAAAAACCCGAAUCAGUUGGAGUCAUUAUCGAUUUUGUCGAUCCCGAUUUAACUUCAUUCCUUAAGAAACUUGUCACUACCUACGCUUCUAUUCCUUCAACAGACACUAAAUGCGGAUAUGCUUGCUCAGAUCAUGCUUCUUGGCAGAAGGCUGGCUAUCCCUCUGCAUUCACUAUUGAAGGUGAAUUUUCAGAUUCGAAUCCUUAUAUUCAUACUGCGAAUGACAUAAUUGGACAUUUGAGCUUUGAUCAUAUGCUUGAAUUUAGCAAG